GGAGGGGAGAUGCAGCGUCAGUCAGCUGCAGUAGGCAGAGGACAGCGGCAGCAGUAGCAGCAGUGGCUGCCGUUCUCUAUUGUUCAGCCAGAACGUUCUCCUUUCCUCUCCAGCCAACCAGAGGAGCAGAAGCCCAGGAGGUCCGCUACAUGCACCGUUCCUUCGGGGAACACUAACUGAAGAGGCACACAAACUCUUUCAGUCUGUGCGACUGAACUUCUUUCUCUGCUCUCGUUGGUUUUUUUUUUCCUCCCGACCGAGUGGAUUUUACGCGACUCAGGGGAGCCAUGGGAUUUGGGGUUAGGGGUGCAAGGACAGCGUUCCUGUGUUUAUGGAGGUUAUUUUUACUGAUCUGUGGAAUCCGGACCGCUUUCACCCAAACGUCAGAAGACGGGAAGUCGCUGUACUUCUGGGAGACAGGUCCGUGGGGCAGAUGUAUGGGCAGCGAGUGCGGUCCAGGAGGCAGUCAGAGUCGGGCGGUGUGGUGCGCUCAUGUGGAAGGCUGGACCACCCUUCACACCAACUGCCUUCAGUCCACACGGCCGGCCAACCAACAGAGCUGCUUCCGUGUCUGCGACUGGCACAAGGACCUGUACGACUGGCGGCUGGGCACGUGGAACCAGUGCGUUCCCAUAUCGCUGCGCACUGGCCGCACGGGCAUUUGCUUGCAGGGCGAAGAGGGCAUCCAGACGCGGGAGGUGAACUGUGUGCUCAAGGCGGACGGCUCGACUGCGGACCACGCCAUCUGUGAGUACUUUGAGCCCAAACCCCGGCAGGAACAGGCCUGUUUAAUUCCUUGCCCUCAAGACUGUGUGGUGACCGAGUUCACCCCAUGGACCACGUGCUCCAAGACCUGCGGGCUGGGCCUGCAGAACCGCGUCCGCUCCGUCGUGGAGCCGCCGCUGUUCGGUGGGCUUCCUUGCCCCAAUCUGACGGAGUUCCAGACGUGCGCGCCGAGGGCCUGCGAGGGCAGAGAGACGGUGUUCAGUCUGAAAGUGGGCGGAUGGAGCGAGUGCAAGCUGCCUUUUUUAGCAUCACCUCCGACCUCCUCUGCCGCCCCCUCACGCACCGCCCGCCAAGCCCGCCGGCGGAAAGGCAAAGAGAGGAAAGGGAACCGAGACCCGGAGAUGCGCGAGCUCAUCAAGAGCAAAAGGAACCGCAACAGGCUGAAUCGACUAGAGGACGACCUCUGGAAUAUGGAAAUAGGCUACCAGUCUCGGCAAGUAGUGUGUGUGCAUCGAAACGGAAGCACGGUGUCUCUCAGCCAGUGUCCCCACUGGAGUCUGCCAGAGACGUACCAGUCCUGCCUGAUGCCCAAAGACUGUGUGGUCAGUGAAUGGAGCUCGUGGGGCUCCUGCUCAAAGACCUGCUCGGACCCCAGUGUUCCUCAGGGCUCACUCUCCCGCAGCAGACAGCUGAUACGGCUUCCUACCAGAGGAGGGUCCGAGUGUCCCCAGCUGGAGGAGAGCCAGGCCUGUGAACCUGAAGGGGACGGGGUGCUGCCCUGCGCUGCAGGAAACAUUGUUGCUCAGAAGUUGCUCUUUCGUAACUCAAAUGAUAUAAUGUGGUUCCUAGUAAGCCUGUCAUUGAAGUUUCAGUUUCAGAAGUUUCAGAAAGGUCAGUCUUCAAACGGCCAGAUGCCUAGUGUCCCUCCCCUCCUGUCUAUCAGCUAUGAGAUCUCAGCAUCACAACCCGUAGACGUUCGGCUCUGCAAGGGAACGACUCCGAGUACCACGCAGCUGUGUCACAUCCCGUGCCCUGUGGAGUGUGAAGUGUCCCCGUGGGGCGCCUGGGGGCCCUGCACCUUUGAGAAUUGCGAUGAACGCGUCGUGAAGAAAGGUUUCAAGUUCAGACGACGUACGAUCACUAAUUACCCCACGGGUGGCGAGGGGAACUGUCCUCAUCUGGUGGAGGCCAUCCCGUGUGAUGAUCCCAGCUGUUUUAGCUGGCAGCUGGUCAAGCUAGAGGAGUGUAUCCCAGAGGAAGACAUGGACUGUGGAGAGGGAACACAGACUCCACAGGUCCGCUGCGUCAACAGUGAAGGUACCGAGGUGGAGAAGGAGAUGUGUGUGGAUGAGGUCUACCCUUCAUCUGUGCCCUGUUUGGUUCCCUGCCCUAAAGACUGCGCUCUCAGCCUCUGGACUGAAUGGUCCACCUGCUCCCAGACCUGCUCCAGCAAAACCGCAGAGGGCAAGCAGAUGAGAACCCGAGCCAUACUGGCUUACAAUGCAGGAGAAGGAGGUUCCAGCUGUCCGAACACCAGCGCCCUGCAGGAGGUGCGGAACUGUAAUGAGCAUCCUUGCAUCGUGUAUCACUGGCAGACGGGCCCCUGGGGACAGUGCGUGGAGGACACAACCACAUCCACCCUCAAUACCUCCUCCAGCACAGACAAGUCCACCUGCACCAUGGGCGUGCAAACGCGCAAGGUCAUCUGCGUAAAAGUCAAUGUCGGACAGGUGCCGCCCAAAAAAUGUCCUGAAGCCCCUCGGCCGGAGUCAGUGAGACCCUGUCUGCUGCCCUGCAAGAGAGACUGUAUAGUCACACACUUCAGUAAAUGGACAGAGUGCCCCACUUCCUGUGAAGCAGGUGUGAAUGGGCAGAAGAAUAAACAGUUUCGCUAUCGAGUGAUCAUCCAGAUGCCAGUUAAUGGAGGUCAGGAGUGUCCAGACGUCCUUUAUGAAGAGAAAGACUGUGCGACUCCAUCUGUCUGUCCGGGUUACAGGUGGAAAACGCACAAGUGGCGUAAAUGUCAGCUGGUCCCAUGGAGCAUCCGCAGAGACAGUAAAGGAGCUCAGGAGAACUGUGGCGCUGGAGUCCAAACUAGAGCUAUCUCGUGUAGGCAGCUGGAUGGUACAGUGGCUGAUGUGGUUCAGUGUCUGAAGUUUGCCAGCAGCAUGCCGGUUAUGAGCCAGCCCUGCCAGUUACCGUGCCGAGACGACUGCCAGCUCACCAACUGGUCCAAGUUCUCUCCUUGCACCUCGGACUGCGUAGGGGUCCGUACGCGGAGGAGAGCUCUCAUGGGAAAAAGCAAGAAGAAGGACAAGUGUAAGAACAGCCAGAUGUACCCGCUGAGCGAGACCCAGUACUGCCCCUGUGACAAAUACAGCGCCCAGCCGGUGGGAAACUGGUCUGAUUGCAUCCUGCCCGAGGGCCGCGUGGAGAACGCUGCAGGCAUGACGGUGCAGGGAGACGUGAAGGAGUGUGGACAGGGCUACCGCUACCAGGCCAUGGUGUGCUACGACCAGGACAACAGGCUUGUGGCGACUUCACGCUGUAACAGUCACGGGUAUAUCGAGGAGGCCUGCAUCGUCCCCUGCCCGUCUGAUUGUAAACUCAGCGAAUGGUCCAACUGGUCACGCUGCAGUAAAUCCUGUGGCAGCGGGGUCAAAGUUCGCUCAAAAUGGCUCAGAGAAAAGCCUUACAAUGGAGGAAGACCCUGCCCAAAACUGGACCACCUUAACCAGGCACAGAUGUAUGAGGUGGUCCCGUGCGUCAGUGACUGCAGUCAGUAUAUCUGGGUAGCUGAACCCUGGAGCGUGUGGAAGGUCAGUAACGUGGAUCUAAAGGAGAACUGUGGCGAGGGCGUUCAGACCAGAAGAGUCAGGUGUAUGUUGAACACAGUGGACGGUCCCACUGAUGCGGUGGAGGACUAUCUGUGUGAUCCAGAGGAGAUGCCACAGGGCACGAGGGAGAGCCGCCUGCCCUGUCCCGAGGACUGUGUGCUGUCCGACUGGAGCCCCUGGACCCCAUGUGACCUGCCGUGUUCUGGAAGAGGAGAUCGGGAACAAGGCUUAGACUGGAGCACAUGCCAAUUAAGUGCCAGCGCUGUGUGUGGAAUCGGUCUCAAGACGAGGAUGCUGGACUGCGUUAGAAGUGACGGCAAAUCUGUUGACCUCAAGUACUGCGAGGAGCUGCGCUUAGAGAAGAAAUGGCAGAUGAAUGCUUCCUGUACGGUGGAGUGUCCAGUCAACUGCCAGCUCUCUGAUUGGUCAGCAUGGUCAGACUGCUCACAGACCUGUGGCCUUGAAGGGAAGAUGUGGCGCAGACGGACGGUGGUUGAGGCGUCUCAGGGGGACGGCAGGCCGUGUCCGUCUCAGAUGGAGCAGUGGAAGCCGUGUCCUGUGAGACCCUGUUACAGAUGGCAGUACGGCCCGUGGUCCGAGUGCCGUGUUGAGGAGGUGGUGUGUGGGGUGGGCCUGCGUUUCCGGAACCUGUCGUGCUUUGUAUCAGACGGCUCCGGCGAUGGGAAGAGCAGCAUUGUAGAGGAAGAGCUCUGUGCUGGAUUGGAGCAGGCCGUCGAUGGAGAUAAGAAUAUUGUUCUGGAGGAGACCUGCACCUUACCCUGCCCUGGUGACUGUUACCUGAUGGAGUGGUCCGACUGGAGCCCGUGUCAGAGUGUGUGUGUGAAGGGCCAGCAUUUGGACUUCACUCCGGUGCAGGUCCGUUCACGUGCGGUCAUCGCGCAGGAGCCGGAGAACAUCGCUCAGUGCCCCGAUCAGGAGUGGCAGACCCGGCCCUGCAGCAAUGGGGAGUGUUAUGAGUACCAGUGGAUGGGCAAUCCUCAGCUGAUCUGGUGUCAGCGCUCGGAUGGAAUAAACGUCACAGGUGGAUGCCCUCCAGCUCUACUGCCAGGGACGGACCAGUCAUGUGAUCCACCUUGUGACAAACCACAGUCAUUUUGCUCAGAGGAGGGCGUAUGUAUGUGCGAGGAGGGCUAUACCGAGGUGCUGACGGCCGAGGGGAUGCUAGAGCAAUGUACACCUAUCCCUGUGCUCGAAAUCCCCACUGCAGGGGACAAGAAAGCUGACGUGAAGACCAGCCGGGCCAUCAACCCCACCCUGCCCACCACGGUACAGCCUGGCCGCGCCGGACGCACCUGGUACCUGCAACCCUUUGGACCUGAUGGAAAGCUGAAGACGUGGGUGUACGGCGUGGCUGCAGGUGUUUUUGUCCUCCUGGUAUUUAUAGUGUCAAUGAUUUACCUCGCAUGCAAAAAGCCAAAGAAACCUCAGCGAAGACAAAAUAAUAAUCGCUUGAAACCCUUGACCCUGGCAUACGACGGAGAUGUGGACAUGUAGCCCUUCUUGGAAAACUAACAUCAUGAAAAAUGUCAUCAGCAAAUGGUUGAAUCUCGUGAAAACAUGUCCAGGUCGCAUUAU